AUGGAUAAGAUCCUAAUUUGGAAUGCUCAAGGGAUUGACAAUGCUCGUACUAUCAGAACAACAAAGUGGCUCAUCAAGAAAUUUAAUCCUCUCAUCAUUACCAUCCUUGAACCUAUGAUAGGAAAUGACAAGAGAGUGAAAACGGGCCUUACGCUGGGCUUUCACUGCUUUGUUUCCAACAUCGUCGAUGGAGGGAAAAUCUGGGUCGUUCAUAAGAACCCGGUGUUCCUAUCUGUCACUUUAUCGACUAACCAACUGAAUUCUUUUGCAGCAUCCGUUCCAAAAUUUCAGCAUCUGAUUCAUCUCACUGUGGUGUAUGAUAGCUGUGAUAGGAUCCAAAGGAGACAAUUAUGGCAUUUCAUGGGUACCAUCUCAGCCGCAAUCCAAGGCCCAUGGGCAUCAUGUGGUGAUUUCAACACGACAGCAACGACAAAUGAAAGGAGAAGCCGAUGUCUUCCGGAAAGAGGAGGUAUGAGGGAGUUCUCGGAUGUUAUUAAUUCCGCAGGGCUAAUGGAUGCAGGUUUCUCAGGGAAUCGCUUUACAUGGUCCAUCAACCAUGGCGGGCAGACCCGAGUCUAG